UUUCUGAAUUGCUAUGAACCAUGGCCCAGCUGUACUACAAGAAGGUCAAUUACUCACCAUACAGAGACCGCAUCCCCCUCCAAAUCGUGAGGGCCGAGACUGAGCUGUCUGCUGAGGAGAAAGCCUUCCUCAGUGCUGUGGAGAAGGGGGACUAUGCCACGGUGAAGCAGGCACUGCAGGAGGCUGAGAUCUACUACAAUGUCAACAUCAACUGCAUGGAUCCUUUGGGCAGAAGCGCCCUGCUCAUUGCCAUUGAAAAUGAGAACUUGGAGAUCAUGGAGCUCCUGCUGAACCACAGUGUGUAUGUGGGCGAUGCAUUACUCUAUGCCAUCCGCAAGGAGGUGGUAGGAGCUGUGGAACUUCUGCUUAGCUACAGGAAGCCCAGUGGAGAGAAACAGGUUCCCACUCUGAUGAUGGACACUCAGUUCUCUGAGUUCACACCAGACAUCACUCCCAUCAUGUUGGCAGCCCACACCAACAACUAUGAAAUCAUCAAAUUGCUUGUCCAAAAACGAGUCACUAUCCCAAGGCCCCACCAGAUCCGCUGCAACUGUGUGGAGUGUGUAUCCAGUUCAGAGGUAGACAGUCUGCGUCAUUCAAGGUCCCGACUGAACAUAUACAAGGCUCUGGCAAGCCCCUCGCUCAUUGCCUUAUCAAGCGAGGACCCCAUCCUCACGGCCUUCCGUCUGGGCUGGGAACUCAAGGAGCUGAGCAAGGUUGAAAAUGAGUUCAAGGCUGAGUAUGAGGAGCUCUCCCAACAAUGUAAGCUCUUUGCCAAGGACCUGCUGGACCAAGCUCGGAGCUCCCGUGAACUGGAGAUCAUUCUGAACCAUCGAGAUGACCACAGUGAAGAACUCGACCCACAGAAGUACCACGACCUAGCCAAGCUGAAGGUAGCAAUCAAAUAUCACCAGAAAGAGUUUGUCGCUCAGCCAAACUGCCAACAAUUGCUGGCCACCUUGUGGUAUGAUGGCUUCCCUGGAUGGCGGAGAAAACACUGGGUAGUCAAGCUUCUGACCUGCAUGACCAUUGGAUUCCUGUUUCCUAUGCUGUCCAUCGCCUAUCUGAUCUCACCCAGAAGCAACCUUGGGCUUUUCAUCAAGAAACCCUUUAUCAAGUUCAUCUGCCACACAGCAUCCUAUCUGACAUUCCUCUUCAUGCUUCUCCUGGCUUCUCAGCAUAUCGUCAGAACAGACUUGCAUGUUCAAGGGCCUCCUCCAACUGUUGUGGAAUGGAUGAUACUGCCUUGGGUUCUAGGUUUCAUUUGGGGGGAGAUAAAAGAAAUGUGGGAUGGUGGAUUCACGGAAUACAUCCAUGAUUGGUGGAACUUGAUGGAUUUUGCAAUGAACUCCCUCUACCUGGCAACUAUUUCUUUGAAGAUUGUGGCCUAUGUCAAGUAUAAUGGUUCUCGUCCAAGGGAAGAAUGGGAAAUGUGGCACCCGACUCUGAUUGCAGAAGCACUCUUCGCAAUAUCCAACAUUUUAAGUUCCUUGCGUCUCAUAUCCUUGUUCACAGCCAACUCCCAUUUAGGGCCUCUGCAGAUCUCUUUGGGACGCAUGCUGCUUGAUAUACUCAAAUUUCUCUUUAUCUACUGCCUAGUACUACUGGCUUUUGCCAAUGGACUGAACCAGCUUUAUUUUUACUAUGAGACCAGAGCUAUUGAUGAACCUAACAACUGCAAGGGGAUCCGGUGUGAAAAACAGAACAACGCCUUCUCCACGCUCUUUGAAACCCUUCAGUCACUUUUCUGGUCUGUCUUUGGCCUUUUAAAUCUCUAUGUUACCAAUGUGAAGGCCCGACAUGAGUUCACCGAGUUUGUGGGAGCUACUAUGUUUGGGACAUACAACGUCAUCUCCCUGGUAGUCCUCCUGAACAUGCUUAUUGCCAUGAUGAACAACUCCUACCAGCUUAUUGCCGAUCAUGCUGAUAUUGAGUGGAAGUUUGCGAGAACAAAGCUCUGGAUGAGUUACUUUGAUGAAGGUGGCACCUUACCACCUCCUUUCAACAUUAUCCCCAGCCCCAAAUCAUUUCUCUAUCUUGGCAACUGGUUCAACAACACCUUCUGUCCCAAAAGAGACCCCGAUGGAAGACGAAGGAGGCACAACUUGAGAAGCUUCACAGAACGUCAUGCUGAUAGCCUGAUCCAAAAUCAACAUUAUCAGGAAGUUAUCAGAAAUUUAGUCAAGAGAUACGUGGCUGCGAUGAUAAGAAACUCGAAAACAAAUGAGGGGCUAACAGAAGAAAAUUUUAAGGAAUUAAAGCAGGACAUUUCCAGCUUUCGAUAUGAAGUACUUGACCUCUUGGGAAAUAGAAAACAUCCAAGAAGAAGCUUUUCCACUAGCAGCGCUGAAUUCUCUCAAAGGGAUGAUACCAAUGAUGGCAGUGGUGGGGCUCGGGCCAAAUCUAAGAGUGUCUCUUUCAAUUUAGGCUGCAAGAAAAAGGCCUGCCAUGGAGGCCCUCUCAUCAGAACCAUGCCAAGAGCUAGUGGCACUCAAGGAAAGCCAAAAGCUGAGUCGUCAAGCAAACGGUCCUUCAUGGGUCCCUCUUUCAAGAAACUGGGUCUCUUCUUCUCGUCCAAGUUUAAUGGUCAGACACCUGAACCUCCUUCAGAGCCAAUGUACACAAUCUCUGAUGGCAUUGCACAGCAGCAUUAUAUGUGGCAAGACAUCAGAUAUUCUCAGAUGGAGAAAGGGAAGGCAGAGGCCUGUUCUCAAAGCGAGAUGAACCUCAGUGACGUAGAGUUAGGUGAAAUCCGGGGUGCUGCCGCUCGGAGCAGUGAAUGCCCCCUAGCCUGUUCCAGCUCUCUUCACUGUGCGUCUGGCAUCUGCUCCUCAAAUUCGAAACUUUUAGACUCGUCAGAGGACGUAUUUGAAACUUGGGGAGAAGCUUGUGACUUGCUCAUGCACAAAUGGGGUGACGGACAGGAAGAACAAGUUACAACUCGGCUCUAAGUCAAAUCCCCAUCAUCUAUUCUGGAAGUCAAGAGAAUAUUUGUAAUUUCCUUGUUCUCAGAGGUGACCCCAAAUAUGGGUCCCUCCCUGUCCCCCCUCCAAGGAGUGAAAGUCCUAUUACUUUCAGUCUUUUCUAGCCACAUUCUUCAUGUUUUGUUUCACUGUUAUUAUCAUUUGCCUUUUUAUAUCUAUAAAUACUAAAUCCAUCUCAAACGCAACUGAAGGGGUACUGCCCCUGAUGAGCAGAGGUGCGGUCAGGUGCUUAACCCCUUUGCUUUGCUUUAUUCACCCUUGCCUCCUUGAAGCUCCAGGUGCCACUUUGCUACUACCAUAGCUGCCGCAUAGAUUCCUGACUUCCUCAGGAUCUCACACCCAUCUCCUCACAGAGCUGAGGGAUAUGGUCAGCAGUCCCCACCAGCUAUCAGAUAAGGCAAAUCAACCUGCCUGCCUUCGUUGCUUUUCAGUGCUACACGCUGCCCAUGCUGGGUCCAUGAACAGCAUUAAAGGGAGACUAGACUCCAAAGAAUUGUCAGCUUGUGGUUUCUAGGUAGAACUGGCCUUUCUGUUCUGUUUUUAAACACUACAACUUCUAAGUGUGGGGACUGUUGAGGCUUUGUUUUGUAAAUCUGUGUUAGUUUCUUAAUGUGUGGCAAUGAGAUAUUUACUGUACAGUGCGUACCACAUCUAAUAAGUUAGCUAAUCUCCUCUCCUGUGUUUGUAUAUUUCAGUUAGCUUACCAUACCUUGAAAUUUGAGAGUAUCAAAAUUAGUAUUUAGGAUGUGUACUUUUUUCAAAAAAAAAAAAAAACCUGUUUUACUGUACUUUAGCCAAUAGUUACAUCUCAUACAUUGGCAAGAAAAAAAUAAUUAGCUGGUAUAUUUAUAGGGUCCUAUCUACUGUGGAUAGUUUUAAUCAUCAUUGAUAUAAAAGCAUUUCUAAGAUUAAAGACUGGAUUUGAAAUAUUUUUAUCAGAAAAAAAUGACAUUUUACUGAGGUGUUGAAAUUUCGGGGGGAAAUGCACCUCAAUUAAAUGAAUUGCUUUGUGGAAAGAAAACCCAACAGAUACAAAUUUUGGUUCAGAUAACCUAACUCGGGUUGCAGCUGUGGUAUCUACUGGGGACAGUGGAAACUUGAAUAUGUAACAGAAUAACCCUAGUGGAUUUGUCCAACUGUACUUGUCAUCUAAGUUCUGCCUUCAAAGAAAGCUACAUUUAUAUAUUCAAGUUCUUUCCCAUAGGCAAGGAGUACUUAAUCAAAAUAUGUUAAAUUUACGCUAGUGUGCAUACAGUAAUUAGAACUGAGAGCCACACAACAGCUGAGCAAACAUGGGUUUACCAA